CAGAGCACUUGCAGCCUUCUUUAAUACCACUUCCUAAUACCACUUCCAUUCCAUGGUGUCAGAGAUCGUUCGGCGCAUUGCUUGGGUGUUCACCACCCAUUAGUUUUAUGAUCAGAUGUUCUAUGAUCAUUCGGCUUCAACGGCGAUAUGUCGCGUGUAGCGAGAAAGCAGAGGCAGAUGCGCUUAAACUACGCAUCUGCAACCAUAAGAUAAUGCAGGUUAAUGAGCUUGCCGCUCACCUGUGGAUAUGGCUAAAGUUGGAAUCAACGGGUUUGGACGGAUUGGCCGAAUUGUUUUACGAGCAUGCAUGGAAAAGAACAUCGAUGUUGCUGCCAUCAAUGACCCAUUUAUCGAUCUUAAUUACAUGGUGUACAUGUUUAAAUACGACUCAACUCAUGGACAGUUUAAAGGAGAUGUUAAGGCGGAAAAUGGGCUUUUGGUUGUGAAUGGCAGGAAAAUCCAAGUGUUUGCGGAAAUGAAACCCGAGAAAAUACCCUGGGGAAAAGCUGGAGCUGUGUACAUAGUAGAGUCAACAGGAGUUUUCACAACGAUCGACAAAUGCAAGGCUCACAUAGAAGGAGGUGGAAAAAAAGUUGUUAUUACAGCACCGUCUGCGGAUGCUCCAAUGUUCGUUUGUGGAGUCAAUUUGGAUAAGUACGAUCCUAAAACGAUGGACAUUAUCAGUAACGCAUCCUGCACGACAAACUGCCUAGCUCCUCUGGCCAAAAUUAUUCACGAAAAAUUUGGCAUCGUUGAGGGCCUCAUGAGUACAAUCCACGCAGUUACAGCAACUCAGAAAGUGGUGGAUGCACCAAGUCAAAAGUUGUGGCGAGAUGGCCGUGGAGCAUUCCAGAAUAUUAUACCAGCACAAACCGGCGCAGCGAAGGCGGUGGGAAAGGUUAUUCCUGACUUGAAUAACAAACUAACUGGCAUGUCCUUUCGCGUUCCCGUCCCUGAUGUGAGUGUCGUUGAUCUCACCUGUCGGCUUAACAAAGAAGCUACAUAUGACGAUAUAAAAAAGAUAAUGAAAGAAGCUAGCGAAAGCCCGAACUGGAAAGGCAUCGUCGGUUACACCGAGGAGGAACUCGUUUCAACCGAUUUUGUGUCGACAAAAUUCAGCUGUACUUUCGAUGCUGGAGCCGGGUUAUCGCUAAACAAAAAUUUCUGCAAAUUAGUGGCGUGGUACGAUAACGAAUAUGGAUACAGCCAUCGUGUGGCGGAUUUAAUAACGCAUAUUCACAGCAAAUCCAGUUAGUUAUCCAUGAUUCUCCAUCGCUCAACACAUUCCGUUGCACAUCCGACCACCUAUUACAGAUUGGCUGUUGAAGAUUGUUACCCAUAAUAAACUUCGAAUAAAUCACGCACUUGUUGGAUAUUUACCUAAGAAGCCACUUAUGCCUAUGAUGGUCGGCAGGCGCGUCCGCGACUGCUUAGUCGGCAGUUCUUGCGACUAACCUUUAUUUGUUUCAGUUUUUGGGUCUCCGAUCUGCUUGUAUGUUUACUCUAGCUUUUCGAAUCUCUUUUUUGUAUUUCACUAGAACACAGUAAAGGACGGUUUUGGA